AUGAACUCAUCGUUGAACCUCUUUGCUGGCCGGGCUGCGUUCAUCCUUACUUCGUGUACUGUUGUCUUCAAUACCUUCCAUGUUGUUCCCAGCGCUUAUAUUCGCAAUUCCCCCUCUCAACCUACCUUCCAUGACCCUGCAAUGAGUGUCUUGGUGGUCAUUGGUCAUGUUUGUGCGCACUUCACCUCGCUCGCUCGCAAGUCCAUAACAUUAUUCUGUCUCGAGCACCGUCAUUCCUGCGUCCGCAACAACGCCGUAUUUACCGUGUACACUAUCUACUGCGAAUAUGAACUCCUCAUCCCAGAUGCCCCCGAGCUCAUGCAGACUUUCAUUGCUGCAGAGUCUGACGCGACGUGCAAGCGUAACGCAUCUGUGUUCCUUGCCGCUCACGCAUUGCACGAUGCCUAA